AAAAUGUGCUGGCCAAUGCAUGUCGGACCUCCUCUGCCAUGGUACUCCAUCAAAGUAUGCUGUCACAAACUUCCUAGCCUAGAUCCCAGCCCCUGAGAGCGGCCUGGAAUCAAGGCUACAAAUUUCCAUGCAAGUGCUUGAUACCGAUCGACCCAGUACCACAGGAGUUUUCUGAAGAAGUUGAUUUUCAGCAUGCCUUACCAACCAAAGAGUGUGUUUGCAACACUCCCCCGUACUCAAAGGGGGAUGCCCCUGAUCAUUAAUGGAGACCCGAAGGGCCAAAAUAUUCUCUACUGUAACGGAAAUUCUGUGAUCAUCAGAAAUGUCGAGAAUCCUGGUAUAUCUGAUGUGUACACUCAACACUCUGUGGAGGCCACAGCUGCCCGUUACGCCCCCAGUGGCUACUACAUCGCAUCCGGAGAUGCAUCCGGUAAGAUUCGUAUUUGGGACACGACUCAGAAGGAGCACAUUCUCAAGUACGAAUACCAGCCCAUUUCCGGGAAGAUAAAGGACAUUGUGUGGUCUCCUGAUAGCAAGAGAAUUGCCGUGUGUGGAGAAGGAAGAGAGAAAUUUGGCCAUGUGUUCCUGUGGGACUCUGGUAGUUCAGUGGGGGAGAUCACAGGGCACAGCAAGUUUAUCAAUGCCAUUGAUUACCGCCCCGUGCGGCCAUUCCGUGUGGUGACUGCUGGAGAGGACAGGAAUGUAGGCUGGUUCGAGGGGCCACCAUUCAGAUACAAGACUGCAAUGCAGGGCCACACUCGUUUUGUGAACAUUGUUCGUUUCUCUCCUGAUGGUGAGCUCGUCUGCACUGGAGGUGCUGAUGGCCAAGCCUUCCUCUACAAUGGCAAGACAGCAGAGAAAGUUACUAGUUUGGGUGGAGACAAGGCUCACUCUGGAGGCAUCUACUGUUUGAGCUGGAGCCCUGACAGUAGGCAAGUGCUCACUGCCUCAGGGGAUAAGACCUGUAAGAUGUGGGAUGUGGAGACUAACAGUGUUGUGACUGAGUUCAAGAUGGGCAGCCAAGUUGAUGACCAGCAGGUAAGUUGUCUGUGGCAAGGCAGCAACAUACUCUCUGUCUCCCUCUCUGGAUACAUCAACUACUUGGACGUCAACAACCCUGACAAGCCACUCAGGGUCAUUAGGGGUCAGCAAAAGAAUCUGACUGCCCUAUCCACAUCUGCUGACCGCUCCACUAUUUACGCAGGAAGUUUCACUGGCAGGAUUAGCUAUUGGAAUGUUGAAAGUGGUGAGGUGGACCUUGUGUCUGGGCAGGCCCACACCAACUGCAUCAACACCAUCCAGGCUACACCCGACAAGGUAUACUCUCUCGGACUGGACAAAAGCUUUAAAAUCAUCCAAGCUGCCACAAAUGAGUUUGAUGCCCAAAGUCUGAACAUCCCUGACCGAGACCCGUCUGGUCUAGCUGUGGGGCGCGAUGGUCUGGCUGUCAUCACUACUAACCUCGAUGUCCUUGUGGCCAGGGAUGGCACAAAAGUCUCGUCCCUUUCCGUUGAUUAUGAGCCUGUCUGUGUUGCCUUCCACCCCUCUGAGCCUGAGGUGGCUGUCGGAGGAAAGAACUCCAAGGUGUAUGUUUACACUGUAAACGGUGACACCCUUUCUGCAAAGACAACACUCAGUGUUGGGGAACAGAUCACAGUUAUUGCAUAUUCCCCCGAUGGAAAAUCGGUUGCCAUAACUUCUGGCAAAAGCAUUGUUGUGUUCGAUGCUGCCAACUAUCAGGAGAAGAAGAGACUCGUCUUUCACUCCGCACGAGUCAUGUCUCUAGACUGGUCGCAAGACUCCUCCCAGAUUGUAUCCGGGUCAAUUGAUACCAGCAUCAUUGUCUGGGACCCAGUCAAGGGUGAAAGAAUUGAGAUGAUCAAAGGUGCCCAUCCUCUUUCUAUCGUGUCCGGAGUUUGUUGGAUUAACGACAAGCAGUUUGCAAGCUGUGGCCAUGACUGUUGCAUCAGGAUCUGGGAACAAGCAUAGGACGUUGAAACUCAUGUUUAUUUUAACUGUUUUAGCUUUGUGACGCUUCUAAAUUCAUUGUAGAUUAUCCAGCUUUUAUAGUCUAGUAAAUUACAUUCGUUUAAUAUUGUGAACAGUAUAGUUAGUGUGUGUCUACUGUACAUUGGAGUGAAUACCUAG